AGAAGAAGAACAAUGGAUCAUCAUGAAGAGGAUGAAUACGGGUGGGGAAUCGGAUCUGUAAUUAUCUUCUUGGUGGUGGUUUUGUGUCUCAUCUUUCUUCCAUUUGGAAUGGGUCCUGCCCCAAUCGGACCGCCCGCAUUCUCUACCCUACUUUUAUUUCCGGUCUUCUUGGCCGCCAUUUUUAUGUUUCUUUAUCUCUCUUCUUGA